AUGCGCGGACGGAUAUUCUUCUCCAUCUGCGUUCAGAUCCGCGAUUCCUAUGACUACGCUCGGCUCCUUCGGUCUUCUUCCGGUGUCCAAAGCCUCAAACCAAUCCACGCACAAGUUUUAAUUGCCGGACUCCAUCAAAAUCCCUACCUUGCAGCCAGCCUUGUCUCCCGGUAUUCUGAUGUCGGCUGUACCUACAUUACCGACGCUCGCAAGGUGUUCGACAAUUUGCGCCAGCGAGAUGUUGUUCUAUAUAACGUCAUCAUCCGCGGCUAUGCUGCCUCCAGCCUUCCGGCUGAAGCCACCGUAAUCUACUCCCAAAUGCUUUGCAGCGGCGCUGUUCAGCCCAAUUUCUACACUUAUCCCUUCGUUAUUAAGGCCUGUGCGUCUGGUGGCCACCAGAAAACCGGCAGAGCAGUGCAUGCUCACGCCAUAAGAGCUGGGGCUGGUGAGGAUCUCUUCAUCAACAACUCACUUAUUGCAUUUUACGCCAAAUGUGCACAUGUAGGGACAUCCAAGAUUGUGUUCGACAAAAUGCCUCAUAGAGAUCUUGUUAGCUGGAACUCGGUGAUCUCUGGGCACGCCCAGAACGGAUACCAUUAUGAAGCACUGUUACUUUUGCAUCGAAUGCUGCCUGAGAAUUUGCCUGACUAUGUCACCAUGGUGUCUGUUCUUCCUGUUUGCAUGGUGCUGGCGGCCAUUGUGGAAGGCAUGUGGAUCCACAGUUAUGCAUUGAAGAGAGGCAUUGGAGUGGACGCAGCUGUAGGCAGCGGGCUUAUUGAAAUGUACGCUAAUUGUGGACGCUUAGGUGUUGCUCGGAAGGUGUUUGAUGGUAUUACGGAAAAGAAUGUGGUCGUCUAUAACUCAAUGAUGAGGGCUUAUGGCAUACAUGGGCAUGCUUCAGCAGCUCUGGAAAUAUUUUCUGAAAUGCUGAUCGGUGGAAUUAAGCCAGAUUCCAUCUGCUUUGUCUCUAUACUUUCUGCUUGUAGCCAUGCGGGGUUGGUUGAACAGGGCUUUGAGAUUUUCGACAUGAUGGAUGCUGAAUAUGGAGUGGAGAAAGGCCAAGUUCAUUUUGCUUGCAUGGUAGAUCUGCUGGGACGUGCGGGUAAGUUGGGCAGGGCAUUGGAGUUCAUCGAGAGAAUGCCAAUGGAGCCGGGAAGAGAUGUUUUUGGUGCUUUGCUAGGAGCUUGCAAGGCUCACAAAAAUGCCGAGCUUGGGGUGGAGGCAGCAAAUAGAUUGCUUGUUCUUGAUCCAGGGAAUGCAGGGCGUUAUGCAGUGCUUGCAAAGAUGUAUGAGGAUUUAGGAAGAUGGGAAGAUGUGGCAAGUGUGAGGAAGGUGAUGAGGGAUAGGGCAGUAAGGAAGCAACUUGGAUGCAGCAUGGUGGAAGUUGCUGCAAAGUUUCAUACCUUUGGGGUAGAAGAUGAGGCUCAUCCAAUGAGCUUUGCGAUUUUUGACGCUCUGGAGAGAUUGCAGACAAUGGUGGAUGAGGAGCAGAAGGUGGCUUUGUUGGCCUGA